GUCUGCAAAGAUGAAGAGGUUGUUUUCAAGAAUUGAGGAUUUGAUUGUUAAGAGCAGAGGUUGUGUGUGUUCGUGGAUUCCCAUGACCAUGGAUGUGGUCGGGUCUGCAUCUCGGAUUUUGUUAAUGGUUUUGAACAAUGCUGUCUGGUCUCUCUUCAUGUGCGUUCUUGCUCUGGUAGGAGGUGCAACAGUUGGAAUAGUAACAGGAGCACUGAAAGGGCAGACCACAGAAACUGGGCUUCUAAGAGGUGCUGCAGUUGGUGCUGUAGCUGGAGCCAUCACAGCCGUCCAGCUCUUUGAACUUAUGCUCAAUGGAGAGCCAUUUUCCAAGGUGGCUCUUGUAUGUAGUCUUGUGGAUGGGAAGGUAUUCAUGGACUGGGUUUGCCCUGCUGUUCUCAAAGCUUACCAGUGGCAAGUGAGUACAAUGGAGACAAGUUUGAGGAGGGAAAUAUCAGACAUAUUUGAGAUAAAUAAUGGGAGCAGUAGUAGGGGAUUAUCCCUUGAUAUAAUACAGAAGCUGCCUGAGUUCAUGUUUCAUUCCAUGGAGACUUCUUGCUGCAGCAGCCCUUUUCAAGAUAUCAGCUGCCCCAUCUGCUUGCAGGAGUUCAAGAAUGGAGAGUCAGCAAGAAUGCUGCCGAGUUGUAGCCAUUCCUUCCACAUACACUGCGUCGAUGAAUGGCUGAUCCGACAUGGAAGUUGCCCGAUGUGCAGGACAGAUGUUUGUUUAAUGCAUGUCUCAUAAUCGCCAAUAUGAAUAUGAAUAUCAGAAUAUGAUCGAAUAUAUAACUGCAAAUGAAAACGCAAGUUACGUUGUUGCAGAAUUAAUAUAAUGCCAAGGAACCAGACAUAUAUUGCCGCAAUGCAAGAUACUGUUUGAUUUAGAUUUUGGAUUAACUGGAUAAUGGCUAUCCUAGGAAUAGGAAUAGGAUAGGACGGACGACAAUGAAUGGAACGUAAUUAGUUCUGUCUCCGAUCCAUCCUGUACUCGCGUAUAUACUUAUAUUACAUGCAUGUUAAGAAUGAAA